AUGGAGGAAUAUCUUGAUGCCCAAGAAGGUGCCCAAGAAGGUGUUUGGUUUGGUCUCGGUGAAGGGAUUAUUGCACAGCAACUUAUGAUGUUCGCCGUCAGUAAAAUAUCCACAAUACUACAAAACUCUAGUACAAUCUUCAAGAACUCUCAAGAUGAUUCGUCGUCGUCCUACAUGGUUAACUUAGCCCUUGGGGUUAUUUUCCUCUCUGUUUGCCUACGAUUACUGACAUUGAAGACACGGUCUACCUCACCACCCUGCGAGAGAAUAAUCGAAGAGGCAGAACGGACAAACCGUCGCAAUGGACACGAAAACGCCGGCUUCCUAUCCAAAGAGGCAGGAUUCUCACCUCUCAAAACAAUGAAGGCACUUCCGCCUUCCCAUGCAGCAUGGGACCAACUUGUUUCCGACCUACCUCACCUAAUCCAAACACAGACCGUCCGAGAUACUGUUACCAAGAUUCCACUGCUUGAUGCAUCUCCCGAAGCUUUGCCAGACAUAUAUCUCCAACGGGCCGCCACCAUCCUUGGAAUGACAGCCCAUGUGUUUGUCCGCAUGGAAGGGAACGAGCCUCUCUCACUGAAAUACGACGGCCAUAGUGAUAUACUGCCUCCAUCGCUUGAGAUCCCGUGGACGGUGGUGUGCAAACGUCUUGGACGACCAGCCCCGGCUCUCACCUACGUUGACGGAAUGGUAGCUAAUUUCACAUCGACCAGUUCGUCACAUAGUGGAGUGACGCUCGAGAACUUGGAGUUGCUGAUUCCAACUGUCGGUACGAAAGAAGAACACACAUUCAUUGGCAUAAUGAUUGAAAUAAAUGCCAAGACGAUACCAAUUCUGCAUCAAAUCAUCGAGGCCCAGAGAUCUGUCAUGGUGAAAGAUGUCUCCUCCCUCAAAGACGCAAUACGAAGUCUCCAUUCACUCAUCAAACAAAUCACCCGGAUUCUCAGUAAGCUCAAUACGAGCCGAGCACACAAAUCGCAUAUUGAUCCGGUCUUGUGGACGCUCACCAUAGGGAAUUUGGGAAUCCCUUGGGUGAAAGACGUGGUCGGAGCGGCAGGUACAGCACAUCCAUUCUUUCACAUGAUGGAUGAAUUUACCGGACGAUUUGAAUAUCUCACCGGUAUCGGCCAAGAAGCGCAAAUUGUUCGAGCGACGUAUCCUAUCCAUUGGCGGCAGUUUCUCAAGGCCAUGAUGGAAGUGUCAGUCUCGGAAUAUGUUGCUUCGUCCAAGGAUAGAGAGUUAAUGGACCUCUGGAAAACCUUUACAUCCUCAUAUCACGGCAAUGACGGUUUACUGGGAUUCCAUCGGCGAAAGGUGUUCGGCUUUCUUGCUGUCUCGUUUAGAAUUGGGCGAAGCACAACAAUCAAUGGUCUAGGUCACAAGCGAGAGACAGCGCCCUGGCAUGAGGUCGAUCAAGAAUUAGAAAAGGCACGCCUGGAACGAAGAUGUCUCGACCCAGAUGAGCACAACCUGGAUACCGAACCCAGCUCGGACAAAGUCUUUGUAUCCGAGCUCAUCAAACAUAAUUCUGAAGAAACUGGUUAUUGGUUCUCGGCCAAGGGGAGUGUAUACGACGCAAGCUCAUUUAUGCAAAAGCAUCCGGGAGGGGAUACUGUGAUUGCGUUGUGCAGCGGCCAAGACAUUACCGACAGUUUGAGGGCAGUGGGUCAUUUGACGAAUACUUCAAUACGCAGUAAACUGGAAACCUAUCGGAUAGGCAUAUUGGAAAAGCCGAAAUUCGCUUCUUCCCAGAUAGAAGACGUUUACAUGGCCGCGGUUGAACUUGGUCAAAAGGCAGCCGAAAUGGAAAACGUGUAUCGGAGGAAUUUCCAGUUGUUGAAUGGGAAACUCACCACGCUGGAUCAGCCAAAGAUUCUCACGCCUCAGAAAGCACGACACCUACUUAAUGCCAAGAAUAGAUUUCAGGACGAGUAUGUGCCGAUAUUGGCAAUGCUUCUGGAUGUCCUACUCGAGAAUAUCGCGAUGCUGGACAUGAAGCUUGACCUUACUACCACUCUUGACCUUACUACCACUCGUGCACGAAUGGUCGGUCUUCUUUCGCCAGGAACAGGCCCAGGCACUGCAGCCCGUUUCUUGGACUAUGGAAUGGUGCUAGACACGCUGCGGAGAGACUUGAGUCGGCUGACUGAAGUAAAGGAGCUUGUUGCGAUGAUUCUUGGAACCUUUGAAGACGAUGGCUUCACAUGUUCUCAACCAAGUCGGCUAGAAUCAAUUGUAGGCAUGUUAAAUAGAAUAGCAAGUCACUUGGUAGUGCUUGCUGGGAAAUGA